UAGCAUCGCUGUAUCUCUCUCUAUCUCUCCAAACACACAUACCAAAUCGGGAUUUGGAAAUUUUUGAUCCGAAAAUCUACUAAAAUCUUUAAUUACCUUUUUCACUGUUUCUCAAUUUAUGUGUUCAAAACAGUUAACUAUGGCUAUUCAUCAUUCUUAAUUCCAAAAUUUGGAAUCACAUAUAUUAUAUAACCAGGUUCUCUGAUUCCAGUUUGCAAUUUCCGAUCAUUGUUCUUUGAUCCAUUGAAAAUUUCAAGUUUUUUGGAUUAUCGUUGGGAUAUGUCGAGUAGAGAUACGAAUUGCAGAUCAUCAUCGAUCGGAAGGAGGAGAAGGAAGAUCAACGCGGUUAGAAUGAACGGAAAAAGUAAAUCAGCUGUAGGGAAACAGCGGCGGCCGGUGGUCGGAUCUCUUCCCGGCGAUUUACUGAUUGAUGUCCUUGCUCGAGUUGCAUCCUCCUCCUUCACAGAUCUGUUCAAUGCUAAAUUAAGUUGUCGGGAUUUCCUCGGAGCAGCAGAAGACGAGUACAUCUUUCAACAUGUUUCUAUCGAUAAGUUUCCAGUAAUUCACUGGUUUCCUCCAAGUGAUGAACUUCUUUCAUUUCUAAAUCAAUGUAUCGAUAAAGGGAACCCCGAGGCAAUGUUCAGACAAGGAAUGAUAGAGUUCUUCAGUUUGGCACGGAUAGAAACGGGACUCGAGUUCUUGAAAAGGGCGUCGGAAAAAGGCCAUGUAGAGGCAACAUAUGUAUACGGUAUGAUUCUACUCUCUAGAGGCGGCCAAUCGAGUCAACAAGGCCUGAAUAUCUUAAAUUCGAUGAAGGUAUCAAGAUCCAAAAACUUGAAAAUUCGCGAUUGUAGAGCUAAAAUCAAAACGAUUAUAAGAGAAAUGUGGAUCAAUAAUUCGAUUUCACUAAACGAGGUUAGAUGCAAGUGUCAAGAACGAAACACCACCGCCGCCGCCUGUUUCAUAAAAAGAAAAUUCGAUGAAGAAGAAGAGAUUAUAGGUUGCGACGCUUGUGGGUGGCAUCGAGAAGUUAUCUCGUUCUGUAAAAUGGUAGAUGGUAUCGUUUAAGACGUACAUAUUAUUUCUCGACCAUCUCGAAUUAUUACGAUCGAUUUUUAGAGGUAAAUUAUAUGAUAUAUAUAUAUAUAUAUAUAUAUAGGUAUGAUAUUGUGCAAAAAGAUGGUGACUUGUGUAGUUAUGUUUGUUAGCGUAUUCAAAAUCUGCAAUUUUGAUUUUGGUU